AUGGCCGACCCCAAUCAGCAAGAAUCUGCAAAAGCAGAUUACGACUUGAACCGUCCAAUUGAUACUGCGCGCGGUCUACGUCAAGGAUUGACUUCUUACGGAGAUGCACACUUUUCUUUAUUCCUUCGCAAGGUCUUUAUUAAGGCAGCGGGUUACAGUGAUGACGCUUUGUCAUGGCCAGUCAUUGGAAUCAUCAACACUCACUCGGGAUUCAACCCAUGUCAUUCUCAGGUACCUCAACUUAUCGAGGCGGCCAAGAGAGGGGUCAUGCUAAGUGGUGGAUUGCCUAUCGACUUCCCUACCAUCAGCUUGCACGAAUCUUUCUCAUCUCCGACGAGCAUGUACCUAAGGAAUCUUAUGAGCAUGGACACCGAGGAAAUGAUAAAGGCGCAACCACUAGACGCUUGUAUCAUGAUCGGGGGCUGCGACAAGACUGUGCCUGCGCAACUCAUGGGUGGCAUAUCGUCCAACAAGCCUGUACUCCCUCUUGUUGUUGGUCCUAUGAUGCCCGGCUCGAAUCGGGGUGUACGCAUUGGUGCGUGCACUGAUUGUCGAAAUAAUUGGGCCGCAUAUCGAGCUGGCGCAAUCGAUAUUGAGGAGAUAUCUGCUGUCAACGAAGAAUUGGCGCCUACUGGCGGAACAUGCGGUGUCAUGGGGACUGCUAGUACCAUGGCUUGUAUUGUUGCUGGCAUGGGAAUGAUGCCCUUAAGAGGCGCCUCCGCUCCGGCUAUAUCAUCUGCUCGUCUUCGCGUAGCAGAAGAGACUGGUAAAAAUGCGGUCGCAGCGGCUCUAGCCAAAGAGGCAUGUCGACCUCAAACCGUUCUAACCAAGGAGUCUUUCCUUAAUGCAAUUACCGUCCUCCAAGCCAUUGGAGGUAGUACUAACGCAAUCGUCCAUCUCAUGGCAAUCAUCAACCGCCACCCAGACGUCGCAGGCAGAAUUACGUUGGAUACUUUCGACGAAAUCGGACGCAAAACUCCUCUACUGGUUGAUCUGAAACCAAGUGGAGACAAUUACAUGAAUGAUUUUCAUAAUGCCGGUGGGAUGGUGGCGCUUCUAAACACCUUGAGACCUUUGUUGUAUCUGGAGGCAAAGACCAUCACCGGGAAAACACUUGGAGAGGAGCUCGGCACCUUCAGAAGCUUCCCCUACUCUGCGACAAUCAUCCGACCACUUGACGACCCGAUCUACCCUCGUUCAGCUCUUGCUGUUCUCCAUGGAAAUCUUGCUCCGAAUGGCGCAAUCAUCAAAGCCUCAGCAUCGAAGGAUCGUAAACUUCUGUCACAUCGCGGUUCGGCAGUAGUGUUUGAGAAUACCGCAGAUCUCGCGCAAAGAAUCGACGACGUUGACCUCGAUGUCACCAAAGACUCCGUGCUCGUUCUCAAGGGCGUGGGGCCCAUUGGCAACCCUGGUAUGCCUGAAGCAGGCGUCAUCCCUAUCCCACGCAAGCUUGCAGCUCAAGGUGUUCAGGACAUGCUUCGUAUCUCUGACGGUCGUAUGUCGGGAACUGCUGGAGGUACUAUUGUUUUACACGUGUCGCCUGAAUCUGCUAUCACAGACUCUGUCUUCGGAAUCGUCAAGGAUGGCGAUAUGAUCGAGUUCGACUUGGAAAGAAGGUCGAUUGAACUCAUGGUCCCUGACGAGGUGAUAACUCAGCGGAUAGCAGCGAAAGCAGCGAGCCCUAGACAACAAAGUGUUGAGAAAGCUCGGAAAACUGCAAGAGGAUACAGAGGUCUGUACGAGCGUUGUGUUAAUCAGGCAGACCACGGUUGUGAUUUCGAUUUCUUGACUACCAGCGGGUCGUCAGAGUCGUAA